GGAAGGCACACACGAAAAACUCAGAAGUUCGGAGCGAGUUUCGGAGAAAGCUAGCUACAGGAGCGAGUGAAAAAGCUUGUUGACUAGUGCAAAAAGGUAACACGAGCGAGCGAAAAAGCUUGUUGACUAAAGAAGAAAAGCGAAGAUUUCUGUUAGAUAUAUGCGCCAUUGUAAAGCUCUCAAGUUGAUGUGUAGCAGGAUCCCCUAGCUGUGUUGCACCGAAGUGCGACGUUCUGUGUGAGAAAAGGACAUUCUGCAACCCACGACAAGUUCUACGAGUAAGAAAAGAUAGUCAUGCGAACUGCAAAUCAUACUCUGUAGAAAACGAUAAAAAUUCAAAUUGUCUUGUGUGGAUCGAAAAUGCGAAAAUCCAUGCGAGGAUCGAAGUGUAAGUACAUACAAGGAUCGAUUUGUAGCUACUUCGCAAUGAUCGCAAGAUGGGUCUCCCCAGAUAUAAAAGGAAUAGGAAUAUGACGAACGAGAAUGAGAUCCCGAAUAAUCAAAUUGACUUUAUCCAGCACCCAAUGUAGUUGUAGAGAAAAAGAUUAUAAGAAAGAUCUUCUGGUUCUUGAAAUCGCGAAAUUCGUUACAGGGAUUGUAGAGAAAGUGUCCUCACUUUCUACUGUCGUCCAGAAGUUCCCCCUUCCCUACCAAGAUUGUCUUAGGUUUUGGUCGUUCGAGUGUGAGUAAACAAGCCUCCAGUUCUGUAAAGAAACUAACAAAAGACUGUAAGGAUUUGGUAGUGUAACUGUAAAGAAACCUGCAGUUCUGUAAAGAGCUAAAGCUGUAAGGAUUUAGUUGUAUAACUGUAAAGAAACCUCCAGUUCUUACUGAUUAUUCUCUUCCAUAAAAGCGGCAGUUCCGUCUUUACUUGUACCAAACCAUAUUUGCCAUUCACCCAAUCAGACAGUAUAUCGCUUUGGGAUGUAAGGGGAAGUCUUCGUCAGCAUAUUGAAUUAUGUGGGCCGAAGGCGAGUCUACUUACUUCCAGUGUUAAAAGAUCUAUCACCACUUUCUAUUAUUCUUGUUUGAAUAUCAUAAAACCCGGGUAUUUUCUCUCCGCGUAGGCUACUGUGUUCAUCCAAAUCAUACACAUUAGAAAUGGCCACUUGAACAAUAACAUAAACAUGUUUUUUAUUUGCUUACUUUCUUUGCUGCCCACCCUUUUCUAGAUAGGUACCGCUACCGCAUAUUCAUUGUAUGCGCAUACUGAGCUUCUCAAGCUGAAGACUUUUUUCUCAAUCAUCAUCGUCCCUUCUCUAAAAAACCCACUGAAAGUGUUGAAUGUAUUGCUAACAUUUUCUUUUCGCCUUCCCAAAUCAAUGGAUCUUCGUGUGUAGUAAGUCUGUGUUUUACUUAGUAGGGCCAAUCCGAAUCGGAUAACAUCAUCCACUCUGUCGUGUGGAAUAAAAUUCAAUCUUUUUUAGUUAGCUUUCUCUCGUAUUUCUCCCUUUGUGAUCUUCGUAACAAAUCUUCUCUCCAUAAAUUUCAGCUUGAACACAAGAUCUUCAAAAGUUGUGGUCUUGCAUGACACAUACAGAAAAGGAUAAAAUUCUUGUUCUUUGAAAUCUGAAAUCCCUAGAGACAAAAACAAGAUGACCAUGACCCUGGUACCCCAGCAGCAGCAGAACACCGCCUCUGGCUGUAUCGCGACGAAGCAGCCGAACGAGACUGCUGCGGCACGACAACAUGAAUCCACCACAGCCACCCCAGGAGAUCAAGAUGGAGGUCGAGCGAACCGACUUGUGGUUUUCUGUGAUUAUGAUGCCACCAUCACUACGCGCUUUCUCCAAAAAAAGGCGCAACAUCAAGAUGACUCCUCAAGCCAUGGGGAGGCCGUGUCACCUUGUGUCAAAGGACCUGAAAAGGGUUUGACUGCAGUGCAGCUUGUGGAGAAGUGGUCGCGUCUGCCGCCCGCCUACAUCGCGGAAAGCCAGCGCAGGCACGACUACUACUUCGCGAUCGAGAACGACGCGCACAUGUCGAAGGACGCGAAAAUCCCCUACAUGAUCAAGUGGUACGAGGAGACGAUUGACGACUUUGUGCGACACGCGCAAGACCUCGACUUCAAGCCGUCGCACGUGACCGAUUUGGUCCACGAAAACCUACAUCGCGUUGAGCUGCGCGACGGCAUGCGCGAGGUGAUCGACUACUGCUACUCGAUGAACAUUCCGCUCGUGGUAAUCUCCGCAGGCUUCGGGGAUGUCAUUCGCACGGUUCUGGCCGAACACGGCAUCGGUCCCGAGAAGUACACCCUCUGGAGCAACAUGUUUGAAUACAACGAGCAAAUCGACGAGGAGAUGAACAUCACUUCCUACAACAGUUCUUCUUCUUGUAAAAAGAUGACGAGUCGUGUUCUUGAAGAACAGGGGGAACAUGUUCAACACAACGACGAGAUCGAGAACAACAUGAAGAAAAUCAGUUCUGCUUCCACUUGUAUUGGGAUCGAGGAGCAGAACAUCAACAGUUCGUCUCCUGGAUGUAAGAUGUUGAGUCAAGAACAAAGUGAUCAACAUGUCCUCGUGAAUCAGAGGAGCAGUUCUUCUGAAGUUGAAGUACAUUGCCCAGCGUCUCCAAAUCUUCCACUGUCACCGGACAUCGCAACAAGCAUGCUGCAGGGAUCUUUAUCCUCGGCGUCUUCGGUAUCCACCUCUGCAGCAACUUCGACCUCUUCCGUUGCAACAGGAGGAACAAAUAGUAGUAAGGUGGUACCGCCGGGUGUGCUUCUUGGCGUCCGCCCCCCACUGAUGCACAUGUACAACAAGCACUUGCAGCGCGCACCCGCAGAGGUCUGGGCCGCCAUCGGCGAGCGCAAUGCUGCGAUCGCCAUCGGCGACUCUCUUGGCGACGCCGAUAUGUCUCGCCAUCCCUGUUUUCGCGAACAGCUGCGCCUAGGUUUGCUGAACAUCAACAUCUGCGAGGAGAGUCGCAAGAACUACGCGGCCAAAUUCGACCAAGUGUUCGAGGGCGACGGACCCGCGUGGAGCCUUCUGGAGAGCAUCAAGCAAUUCGUUAACGGUGGCAACGAAAAGGACCGCAGUCUUUUUAAGGCCAGUGGUGGUAUAUCACUAUCAUCCCAUGAUUAAAAUUAUUCAUGAUCAAGCGUUGGGUCUCGCAAGAUUCAUUAUCAUCCCAUGAUGAAAAUCAUGUUCAUGUGGAGGGAAUGGUUUUGAGAGUGGAGCUCUUGUCCCCUUUGAUGAGAAGUCAAAGCAGGGAUUAUUUCAGGCGAUUAGCAAAGGGAUAAUAUAUCCACUCUUCAAACGCGGAUAGUGAGAAACUACGACCUUUAAUCUAUGUAACAACCUAGAUGACGCUGCUGAUGAUUCGGUGAAAAAGAUGAAGAUCUAGAAGAGUCAGAGGAUACAUAGAUUCUUCAGUGUCCCGCUUCGUGGAUCUUGUUCGGUCACCUUGAGCAUGAUCGUUGUGGUAGGUUGAAAAUACGGAAUACAUCGUUUGUCAACACUUGUUAUGACGUAUAAAAACUUUUAGAGUUUGAUUCACUAGCUGGAUAGUGUUAGAAAGAUACAUAGAUGAUACUUAAUUGAGUAUAUGGAUUCGCACUAGUGUAUUUCCUCCAUCACAUUUUUAAAGGCUAGAUUAGCUGGUAGAAAUCUACAGAAAAAACUUACGCACGUCGCCGAAUCGAUUCAAAUCAUCAUGAGAAUUUUCAAGAAAUGGGCUUAUAGAAGCUUUUUCAAAAAUGUUACGACAGGCUACAGAUUGACCGAUAGCCUUGCUGUUAUCUCGUAUCAUGGUGCUGGUGCUGUGAAGCGAUGCCCGCAUGCCCAGUUACCCACGCUUAGUUUUUUACCCCAAUGUUCUUGAAUGCUACAACCACCCUCCUCCAGCAAGGUCAUAAGUUUUAGAGCACGAUGCUGGAGUAGAUAGACCUAGCUUGUUCUAAAAAAGAUCGAGAGGUCUGCACAACAUCAAAAGUUGUGGUGCAAGUCUAGUCAGAGAAGGGGACAUCUAACUCCAUAGGGAAGAUGAGCACAGCAUAGUAUAAUACUGUUGUAAAGAUGAAAUUGUAGCGGGCCUUCGGAGUUGGACCGCCUACUCUAUGGCCCGCCUACUAGGAGGUAGCUUGUUUCUCAAGAGCGUGUUUCACUCGUCACAUGGGCAUUGAAAUAUAUAUAAUCCUAGAUAUUUUGAUGAGAAAGUAGCUAGAGGAAAUUGGUUUCAAUGUAGUGGUCUACUUAGCGUUUUCUUUGAUAUCUGAAGUGAGCUGUAGCAAUCUGCCAUGUCGAGGAUGGAUAUCUAUGUCUACGGUCAUCUCACAAAAUUCAUCACAUUCAAUGUCAUUGUCAGUCAUUCCAAGAACAAGUAUUUUCUUUACUAUAGGGGCAGCGGCUCCCCGCCGCCUCGGUGGGAGUUCUUUCUGCGUUUUUACCUACCGUAAUGGUUCGAGUAAGCUUUUAAGUACUUAUAACUAAUGUCGAGGCACGACGAGCAGUGACAGCGGCUCUUCAGAUAGGAAUAGAAUUGUUGGGCGAUUGUGCGGCCUUAUGCUUCUCAGGGUGGAUGUUUAUAAGUGAUUUAAAAAGAACUAGUAUUCGGGGGGGGGGAAGACGCAUAUAGUCCUAUGGAAAAAAAAACACGCCCGCAUGCCUCGGGCUACCGCGCUUCGUGAAGAUGAUGAUCAGACUCAAUCUCUACGGUCCUAGAGAAAGACGACAUGACAUACCCCAUUCAGUUCGACGGCGCAUGUUUACCUCCGGAGUAGGUGCAUCAAUCGAACACCAGUUUUUCCGGUCGUUGUGAAAGGCGAUAUCAGGAAUACACUCACACAUCAUGACAAUUUUCCUUGUUCUGAUCGUAGAUUUUUAUUCCAUCACCGUUAGGUACUGGAAAUUUAGAUUGAAAACAACUGCCCAAUAAACUGCCCAAUAAGGGCUCAACGUUGGCUUGGGUGGAGCACAUGAUGAAGAUGCAGGCUCAAGCGAGGUCUUGUGAAGCAAGGUUGUCGAAUAUACAGCGUUGGAGUUCAAAUUUGAGUCCGGUUAGUAAUCGGCGUUGUAUGAACCCAGGGAAAGGCUAGACUAGCAGUAAGAUGAGCGUUCUUGAGAGACCCCCCGAGUUUAGUAUGUAGAGUGAAUAUUGGUAACGAAACA